AUGAAGGGUAUUAAGGGCAUCGCUUCAAAUAUCUGCAGCCCAUUGCUGGUCUAUGGAGAGCUGACAAAUAAGAACUGGUGUUCAUCGGGGCUGCGUUCUUUUCCCUACAUUAUUCAACUAUGCGAUACACUGGAUAAUGGACAUCUCUUGUCGUCAAGAGGUGUGCAAAUCAGUGCGGAGCAUAACGUCGCAGAUCUUGAAUAUGCUGAUGACUGCCCCUUUUUAUUGACAGUUAUAGCAAAUAAUGCAAAUAAUGCUAAUCAAUGUGUCAAUAGAAUUGACACAAAUUUCGCUAAAUUACCUAUGAUUGAUGAUGCCAAAAGCGAGAAGAGCUGUUCAAGACCUGCAGCUGCUCAUCUUUGGUUAUAUCGGCACGGCCAAGCACCUUCUGAUAUGCUUGAUUAUGUACUAUGCGACAUGUAUACAAAGCAAAUCGAGCUUAGCAAAACGAUUUUAAGGUUUCAGAAUAAUGAGCUCUAA